AGGUAACAGGGUUAAACAAGGCAAAUAGUUUUCUUCACGAGAACACGAUGGAGCUGCCUUGGAUGUUCUUCGGACUUUCGCCGACCACUGUACUUUUAAUUGGCAUCGUCUUAGUACUGUGUUAUCUGUACUCGACAUGGAACUUUUCUACUUUCAAGAAAAUGGGAAUCCCUGGACCGCCACCUUGGCCGAUUAUCGGUAACAUGCAGUCUAGUAAGGGUAUACAGCACAAGGAGCAGGAAUGGAUAAAGGAAUAUGGCAAAGUAUUUGGUACAUAUGAAGGCCGACAACCUGUAAUCAACUUUGCUGAUCCUGAGAUAUGUAAACAAAUAACUGUAAAACACUUCUCGUCAUUCGUCAACAGAAGGGUACUCCCGUUGAACGGCAAACCCAUGAAUUCGGGUCUUACAGUAUUGGUAGACGACCAGUGGAAGCGAGCACGAAACACGUUGACGCCUGCAUUCAGUGGAGCUAAGAUGAGAAUGAUGGCUCCCCUUAUCAAUCAGUGUGCCAAUGAGUUGGUUGCAAACAUGGAAACAUACUGCAAAGAAGAAAAAGUUGCACAGUGCAAAGAUUUGUAUGGCGGAUUUGUUGUGGACAGCAUUGCAAGUGCUGGAUUUGGUCUUGACGUCAGUUCGCAGUCACAACCUGGUCACCCAUUUGUGGAAAAUGCGAAAUUAGCCUUCAAAUUCAGUUUAUUCAGUCCUGUUUUUGUUGUAGUAUUUUUCUUCCCAUUUUUGGUUCCACUCCUGAAUUUGUUUGACGUUCAAUUGUUUCCAAAGAAGGUAUUGGACUAUUUCGUGGGUGUUACUGAAGAUGCUAUUGAGAUGCGAAAACCUGGCAGAGAUUCAAGUAAUAGAAUCGACUUCUUACAACUAAUGGUAAACGCCCAUGAAGUAUAUGACCAGCAUAUGGCAAACAAAGAUAAAGAAAUUGAUGAAGACGAAGGCGAGAACAAGGUUGACUUUGUCAAAGAUGGUCCUUCUUCUCAGGUCAAACUUCAAAAAGGAUUCACGAAGGAUGAAAUGUUAGCACAGUCGUUGCUGUUUUUCCUUGCUGGAUAUGAGACUACCAGCACAUUGAUGUCAUUCGUAAGUUACAGUCUUGCAACCAACCCCGAGGUACAGAAUAAAUUGCAUAGUGAAAUCGAUGACAUUAUGAGUGACUCUGACGAUGACGAUGACAUUGGAUACGAAACAUUGAAGAAGAUGACAUAUCUUGAUAUGGUUGUCACGGAAACACUGAGAAUGUACCCACCUGCAAUCAGGUUUGAUCGAGAAUGUAAUGAAGAUGUCAACAUCAGCGGAGUGUCGAUCCCCAAAGGUAUGAUUGUAGCUGUCUCCAUUUAUGCAAUUCAUCAUGAUCCUGAGAUCUAUCCUGAACCAGAGAAGUUCAUUCCAGAAAGAUUCACUAAAGAAGAGAAAGAGAAACGUCAUCCAUAUGCCUGGAUACCGUUUGGUGCUGGACCUCGUAACUGUAUUGGUAUGAGAUUUGCAUUGAUGGAAGCAAAGAUUGGAUUGGUUCGUGUACUGCAGAAGUUCACCUUUGAACCCUGUGCCGAAACUGAGAUUCCACCAAAACUAGGAAAAUUAGGUUUUCUGACUCCACCCAAUGGUAUCAAGCUGAGUGUGAAAAGAAGAUAAUUGGAAAACAUUUGGUAAUUUCAUUAUGACAUUUAAGAUUGUUUCACGAUCAGAUAUGACGGAAAGAGUAUUUUUUCAAAUAAGGUUUUGUAAAUAAAUGGUCUAUACGGUAAUCAUGCAUCUAGUAUUUCUGAACGACAGGAAAAUACUAUUAAGCAACAUUAUUUACCAGAUAUUACAUUUAAAGUAGUUUCGUACAGAUCAUGUGAUCUAUUAUUAUUAUUAUUGCAAAAUAUAUGUUAUUCAGCGACGAUUAUAUUUACUGGCUUGUAUAUGGACAUUACGUAUGAUUGUGUAGUAUCCCAUAUUACAUACCAAUAUAUUCAAUUUGAUGAUUUUGCUUUUCAUUUGUAUUUCUUACAUUUUGUUCGACGAUGUGUUAUUGAUAUGUAAAUAAUAAACACAGUAUAUAUACCUAUACAGUGAAAUG